AUGUCUACCAAACUGCCAGUAGUACAUAUAACCAAGCCUGAGCCUGGCUACUACAUCAGUCAGUCUGUUAACAAUGGAAUUUGCUCCGUGCUGGAGCAGGAGAAACACAGCUUAAGACGCAAGUUAACCUCCACGGAGAGCGAAUAUGAGGUCAGGAUCCAGGAACUCACCAUCGACCUCCAGAACAUCAAGAGUGAGCUACACACUGAGAGGGACACCAUCAAACACACUGAGAGAGAGAGGAGUCAGUUGAUAGAUCAACUGACUGAACAGAAUCAACGACUCACCACUCAACUCAAGGAGCGUAGCAGACCACACUUCACGAUGCACUUCUCGAACAGGGUAAAGAUCAAACCAGAGAGCGGGACAGUCGAUGACUCGUCCAAGCACUUGCAGCUGUCGGGGCUGCGGGACGAGAUCAACAUGCUGUCGGAGCAGAAGAUGGACCUGGAGCGUAGGAUCGAUAGUCUCCUUGAUGAGAGAGAAGGUCUCAGCUCUCACCUAGACGCUACCUCGGACAGACUCGUUAUGUUGGAGAAACAAUCCAGAGAGCAGGAGGCCAUGUUGAGGAACCGAGACAGAGACCUGGACGACCUGAGGCACACUAAUCUCUCCCUGACGGAUCGUCUGGAGGCCUACAGCAGGAACUCUUCCUCUCCGUCCAUGGGUCACACCUCCCUCCAGAAUGAGAUUGAUAUGAGCGAUCAUGAAGUGUCUCGGCCACACUCUCACCCCAGCAUACCAGAGAACUUACUUGACCUGGAGGAGGACGACAUCAUAGAGUGCGACGACCCACUCUUCCCCUCCACCGACUCUGAAUCACUCAAGACGGGCACAACUAGUCUGCGACAUGAAGUUGUGGAUGCUGUCGGUCAGCUGCGUGUGAUGAUUGACCAGUUGAGACACAGACGCAGAAACUCACUUACCUCGCUCUCUACCAACUCCUCCGAUGAACUCACUCCUGAUAAACUUAAGAGUGGCGUGUUGGGUGGUGUGGUGCGGGAGUUGAAGGGUCUGGUGAGGGACCUACUGCGACGUGAGGCACAGGGUGAGUGUGCUGCCUGUGGCCGCAGUGAAGAUAGGCUCCAGCUCGAGCAAGAGGUCCAUAGAGCUCUCGAGGCCGUCGACAAGCUCAACAUCGAGCUUGCUGACGCCAAGGACAAGCUCAAGGCCAAGAGUGACGAAGCAGCUGACCUGAGCCACCAGGUGACUCUUGGGGAGGCCCAACUGAAGGCUGUGGCCGAACAGCGCGACAACCUCAAGCAUGACCUCGACAAUACUCACCUGGCCAAGGACGAGCUCAUCAAGAAGGUGAGAGAUACUUGGAAGACAUGGGGAAAGGCAGGUACCAACACUGCCUGCGAACCUGAGAUACAAAGUCAGACCAGAGUGAUGAUCUGCGUAAUCCCACAUUGUACCAUUAAGAAUGGCCUCAGCCGCAUUCAGCAGAGUGGAGCUUUGCAGCAAUUGGAACAGUGGCAGGUUGAUAUGCAGCAGCUGCUGGACGAACAGAUGCGCAGGAAGCUGAGCAAGUUGGAGAUGGGUGGGGCUGCUGCAGCCGCAGCUGCUGCCGCACGCUGCCAAGCCGCCAGCGACUCCGACUCCUCGUGUAGUGGCAAGACUUCGCCCAGGAAGAAUUCUCGCCUCUUCUCCAUCCUCACUACCCUUAAGCGGUAACCUCGAGACGCCCAGCGUGGCUACCUUCAUUAUCAAUUUUUAUAACUGUCAUCUCUUCUCUAUCGACGUCAUAUUCCCUUCCCAACAGCUGGUACUCUCAUCUCAAACAGCAAAAUGUGUUUGAACACCUAAUGUCUUGACCAGUGCAAACUUUCAUUGUUAGUUCCACCACACUGUUAACUUUUAGUAACCUCUGCAAAAGUAGAAUGAGUGCAACAACCCCCGCCACAAGUUAACAAGGUCAUUUUGUAAAUCUAAUCUGCUUGGAAUUGUGCAUCAUCUUUCACGCCUGAAAUGACCAUCGGGACAUCACUUGGACCAUCAUGCUGCUUCCAACACCUUCCCUCAGGCAGUGUGAGUGACUGUGGACAGCGCCUGGAUAUUGACGUCUGGCCCAAGAUGAACCCUUCGUGUUUUACCACCUGGAAGUCUGAUAAUUACAGAAUAGCAUUUUGAUUGCAUCUGGUCGCAUUUUGAGUUGUCUUGAACUUCUGAGAGUUCCCUCUAGCGAGGACAGUUGGCAGCUGAUGAGAGGGGUUUUGUAGUCAUCAAGCAAACUUCGCUGUAUGUAGUGAAGAGGUGCUGGUGUCAGCCAUGUAAUAGAUCAAUCCCUCAAGUCAUGUGGAGAUAAUUAAUAAAUAGUAGCUAUAGAUAGAGUAGUUUUGAGUUAAGUAAAUAAAUAUACUCUUCAUCUCUCCAGUGUAACAGAAUCUUGAGUUUUGUAUUGCCUGAGUUAUUCCCAAAGUUUUUACCUCUUAUGCUUCACUACACUGCCAUCACGUCAGUGAAGUAGGUCGUACCACAACAGUUUGAGGUGAAUUGAACAAUGUGUCUGUGUCUGUCUGUGUUUUCCCUUUUGGAGGGUCACUUAGCUGUUAUCCUCAUUCAACAACAAGUUUGAUUUUCUUCAAAUGCAGUUAGGAAGCAGUGUCGUUAAGUUACACAAAUUUACUCGCUGGUUCGCAUUUUGUGGCCCCCAUUCUAAACUGCUCUAAAAUAAUUAGUUAUAUAUUCUUGGCUAGGUAAAUACUAGAGCAAAGUUUAAGUUAUAAUUUAAAAUUUGGAUUGCUGCUGAAUGGGUAGGGCGGUGUUGUUGCGGUGGGCAGGCGGUCUGCAGCCGGAAUACUAAAACAGCUGGUUUAACAUGGUGUUUACGUCUACCGCGAUCACCGACAUUUUCAGUUACUCUUGAGUUGGGUCCUAAGCUUUAAUACAAGCUUUGUCAGCUCUGAUCAUGUUUGGCUUUAACUCUUACUAAUGUGUUGAAAGAAUAGUGAAGUUGGCGCUGCUGAUGAGUACUUAAUGAACCCAUAAUAUUAUGGUAAAUUUUUAUUUUAAGAAGCACUACUUAGUAUGCCUUACUUGGCAUUGAUGUACUUUCAGCAAGCUGGGAAAAUCCUAAUAGUUGUAUAAAUAUACAUUAUAUAUACAUAUAUAAAUAUAAAAUUAUAUUAGUUGUAAUACUUAGCUGUGAUAUAUUGAGCUAUACUUGGCUUACACGAGUUUAAUAUUACCAUGUCUAUUUUUUGUGUAUGGCCAAAUUCGGUGGUCUUUACAAAACUAAAAGUUUUAGUAAGACACUUGCUCUGAUUAAGGUAUUUUAAUGUGGGAUAUUUUAAUGGUGUGUAGCACAUAGCGUCUCAAACCCCUUCCAGAUCUCUCUAGUGUUAAGAUAUCUUAUUUACUAUUUUCACAAUUAUUUGAUUUCUGUUAAACUCUUCUUUGAUAACCUAGGAACUUGUUUAUUCCGUCUUGAGGCUGUGGCUGCAUACACUAUACUCUGUUCCAGCGAUAGUGUUCCAUGCCAGUCCCUUAGAACGCCUUGGGAUGGUGUUUAGUGCCAGCUACCGCCUGGGUUUAAUGUCAGUUUCCCAGAACCGCCUGGGAUAAUUUCAGUCCCCAAAACUAACCUGGAAUAGUAUCCCAUGCCAAUCCCAUUAGAACCCUAUAGGAUAAUUUAUUAUCACUUCCCGUAACUUCCUGGAACGUUGUCCCAUGCCUGGUAGCUCCAGAAUCUUCCUGGCAUAGUAGUUUAUGUAAGCGUAGUUAUAUAAAAUAAAAAGAUUCUCGGAAACUUGUAUAUUUUGAUAAUUUCACCGUGAGAUUCCCAAAUGGAUUUGAGUUUCAUUGCGAGGUUCACUCGGAUUACAAGACCUUAUUUAAAACCGGCAUGGGUCUCUGUGGUGCACACAGAUCGUUACUUUAUACUCGACAGUUUGUUUCAUAUAAUUGUAAUGGGUGUGAUCUAGGAUAGUUAUGGGAACACUACUUGGUGGGUUAAAAUCCUCUGCAUUGCCGCAGCAUUGUCAACAAUCUCGAAUAUUUUUUUCUUCCCUCAAAAACUUAAGAUAAAUAUUGAUUGAUAUGCGAUUUUCCUGCGGUAGAAAUGCCAGUGUCUAUCGACUCAGGAAGAUACAGGAAAGUCCCUCUUGUUAAUAGUUAAGCAUGUUUAGUUAUGUUUUAGUUUUUCUUCAAAUGAAUAUAACUGAAAUGAAGCCAGGGUGUAUAUUAUUUUGUCACCAGCCUCCAUAUAUUUCAUGUUAACACUGGAGGUAGUGUUAAUAGGUUUAGAUUACCAGCCUAUCGACGGCUACGAGGGUCAUAGAGACAGUAUCUACCUGAUUUACCAACUAUAAAUGUUUCCCACAAAGGCGGGUGAUCCAAAGAAGGAAAACUGUCUGCCAUCACUCGUUCUUAAGCUGCCUUUCCACAAGAACACGGAUAUCACGACUUCAGUGAUCAAAUUGUGUACUGUAUAUACACAGAUAACACUUGUCUAUAUAUAUAUCCGUGUCUGGAGGUUCCCCCUCUGAUGAUUUCAUUAUUUGUUUUCCUUCAGGAAGCUACUUUCAAAAGGUAAUUGGCAUUUAUUCACUCAACCUUCUGAUCUGUUUUUUAUUAGGCUAUUGGCAUUUAAUUCUUUGGAUCCUGUCCUCGCGCACAAUUCUUAUAGAAUAAAUUUUUCAUUUCUCUACCCAUUGCGCUUAUAAUUGCAUAUUUUUUUCUAGUUUUAAGUCCCUUACUGACUGGACGUAAUAAUGGUUAACACAGGUUGUUCUAGUAUAAUAAGUGACCUUAUUUAAGGCUGCCUUACUCCCAACAAAUGUUACCUAAAUUUACUGUUUCUGUGAUUUAGAAAAUGUUCUUUUGUAUAUUCAUAUAAUUUUUAUACAAAAUCAUUCACUAAAUUCCUGGA